AUGUUUGGCCAAGGGCCUCGACGCGAAGAGGAAGAGGAGGAGGGAGCUGGCAAUGACGAGUAUUCGUCGUCAGUCUCCUUCGGUGGGCGCUCCGGUGCUGCGCGCCGUCCUAAGAGGCGUAACGUCUUUGAGGGUCUGGCUAUGGAGGAGCAGUGGCUCAAGGCACGGAGGGAACUGAAGUGGCUGGCGUUUGCUGAUUGUUCAUUUCUUUUACUUUGGGGUAUCGAAUUUGUAUGGAUAUUGAUAGGGGAGAGGUGUCCUCCCGGUCAAUAUGACGGAUGGUGUACUGCGUACAAUGUGGCAUCCGCUCUUGCCUGUCUGCUUGCUGUCACAUAUGGUCUCAGUAUCUUCUUUGAUAUCAAGGACCUACAUACCAGUAAAGUCUCCCCGCGUCAACGGACAUAA